AUGUCGGUCAAUGCACAAGUUCAUAAUAUGAGUAGCAACGAAAAUAAUAAAAAGAAUGACAAAACACUUAAACAGUUGUUUCCUAAACGGGAUGAGUGCUCACAUGUGUCUUGUUAUUGCGAGGAAAACGUCUGGAAACUGUGUCAAGAUGUAUCAUUGAGAAUUCCUGAGGAAUUGGAUAGAUGUUACAUUGUUUUUAUAUCCAACCCUUGUCGUACGGUGCCUUUGUGGAAACAAAGGGCUGGGCGCGAGGAGGAUCGUCUCGUCAUAUGGGAUUAUCAUGUAAUAUUUCUGUAUUCCUGGGACAGCAAAACUUGCCUUGUUUAUGAUCUGGACUCUGAAUUGCCGUUCCCGACAUUUUUCCACAAAUAUGUCACAGAGACAUUUCGUACAGAUCAAGUGCUCAAGUCAGAUUUUCACAGAUUCUUCCGUGUAGUGCCUGCUAAGUUGUUCUUGCAGAACUUUGCAUCAGACCGACGUCACAUGAAAAGACCGGACGGUUCAUGGAUCAAACCACCACCUCCAUACCCAGCAAUAUGUACAUCAACUUCUACACAUAAUCUAGAUGAGUACAUCAACAUGGACUUUGGAGUUGGUCCCGGUCAGGUAUUUAAUCUUACAGAUUUCGUGCAGCGGUUCUACAAAAUAAACAAGUAG